GCGCCCCAGCUCUAAAGUAAACAGGGCCGAGGGGACCGGUGCCGCCCGCCCGCUCGCUGCCCGGCUGCAGCCGGCCGGAGCCAUGGCCGAGGCGGUGCCGGCCUCCCCUGCGGGCAGCCGCGGCCUGCACCGGGGCAUCAUCCAGUGGCUAGUUGACAAUUUCUGCGUCUGUGAAGGGUUUAGUGUGCCUCGAUGUCUCAUGUAUGAGAUUUAUGUGGAGACCUGUGGGCAGAGUGCUCAGAACCAGGUUAACCCAGCAACAUUCGGGAAGCUCGUGCGCUUGGUUUUUCCUGACCUGGGCACCCGGAGGCUGGGCACACGAGGAAGCGCCAGUCUGUUCUUCCGCAGUGGUGAUGUGGUCACCUUUGGAAAAUCUACUGAUUAUAACAACGUUAUCCAACAGGAAGAAAGAUGUGAAAAUCACUCACCAGUUAAGACGGACUCGAUGGAAUCCCCGGUGUCUCCGUUCAGACGAUGUCCGUUUUGGGAACAAGAGCUGGCUAACAAGUACUCCUGUAAGCUGGUGGUCUUUCUCGCUGAUGAGUACUGCAACUAUUGCCGAGACGUUUUGCAGAGUGUGAGGAACCAAGAGCUGGAGAAGGUGGAAGACUUAAUCACAUCCUUCUGGAAAUCUCUGCAGCAAGACACAGUCAUGCUCAUGUCUCUGCCUGACGUGCGCCAGCUCUUUGGAUGCUACGACAUGCAGCUGUUUAAGGGCCUGGAGGACAUCCUCCUCCCUGACUUCCUGGAGGACGUCAGUAUCCAGUACCUGAAAUCCGUCCGGCUGUUUAGUAAGAGAUUUAAACUGUGGCUUCUCAGGGCUCUCGAAGGUUUCCCGGCCAUCUUACAGAUCUCCAAACUCAAAGAAGUCACUGGAUUUGUCAAAAGACUCAGGAGGAAGACAUACCUUUCCAACAUGGCGAAGACGAUGAAGAUGGUCCUGAAGAACAGCAGGAGAGUGGGCCUCUUGAAGUCAGACCUGCGUGCCAUCAUCAGCGAAGGCACUUUGGAUAUUUCGAAGAAGGUGCUGGCAGGUGACUCAGACCAUGAAGAGGAUCUGGAGAGCCACACAGAGAUGAAAUGCUUGGGCUGUCUGAUUUCUUUGCUGGAAACCUCCACAGAUCUUGCCGAACUCCUGAACUGUGUGUCUUCAAACCUCCAAGCGCUUGUCUUCCAGCCAAGCAAAAGCAAAGAGGAGUUUGUCAGGCUGGCUGCCGGCUUCCAGCUAAGAUGGAAUUUCCUUCUCACCGCUGUGAGCAAAGCCAUGACCUUGAGCCACAGAGACAGUUUUGGCGCCUGGCAUCUGUUUCACUUGCUGCUUUUGGAAUAUGUGAUUCACAUACUGGAGUCGUGCGUAGAGGAAGAAGAGGAAGAAGAAGACCUGGGGAGUCUCCAGGACUUGCUGUCAGAUGACCAGUUUCUCGCCCAGCCGGACCAGGCCCUUUUCCACCCUCUGGAUACUUUGCCAACAUCGGAAUGCACGAGCCGGAGUGUGGAGUCACCUCAGGUGACGCUGAAACACAUGAGCCAGAGCUGCAGUCCCAUGGGUGUGAGCAGCAUGGUUCUCCAGGUGCUGGGCUUCCUGGUGGACACCGCCACAGGCAAUAAGCUCAUCCAGGUAUUGCUAGAAGACAAGGCCACCGAGAGCACGGUUAAACUCAGCCUUCCCGUGGGACAAGAAGCCCUCAUCACCCUCAGCAAUGGACAGAGAUUUGUAAUUCACAUAUCUGACGUGCCCCAAAGCUCGGAAAAUACUUACUGCAGAAAAAUCAACACGAAUAUGCCAGGUGGUUUGUUGGAAUAGGGCGUAAGGAGACAGGCUUGAAUUCUUAAAAUAUGUAUUAAAUCCUAAAGUUUUGUAUUGAUCUGAGAGAUUUUAUGUAUAUAAUAGAUGAAGCACUUUAUGUUUGUAUGUAUUUUGAGGAAUUGCUUUUGAUCAAACUAUAAACUAAUUUGGAGAAUAA